CCAACCGCUAGCCGCAUCCACUAACUGCUGAGCUCCCAGACCCAACGCCGAUGCAGCCAUGCGUUACCUCUACUUCCGCCCCAACGCAAGCCCGCCCCGGCCUCACCGCCACCACCUCGAUGCCUGCGCCUCGCGUGCCCACCUGGCAGAGCUCCACGGCCGGCUCGUCCGCGCCCAUCUCGCCCCCGACGCCGCCGUUACCGGCCGGCUCGUCGCCCUCCUCGCAUCCCCCGUGGCGGGCCACGACAUGCGCUACGCGCGCAGGGUUUUCGACCGAAUGGCGCAGCCGAACGCGCCCGUAUGGAACAGCAUGAUCAGAGGGUACUCCAACCGCGGCGCGCCUGCGGACGCGCUGGCGACGUUCAGGGCCAUGCUUCGGAGAGGCGUCUCCCCUGAUGGUUACACGAUGGCCGCUGCUGUGUCAGCGAGUGCUGCUCUUGCUGGCUGGGAGUGGCGGGUGACCGGGGACGUGGUGCAUGCAAUGGUUCGGAAGAUUGGGUAUGCGUCAGACCUGUUCGUCAUGUCGGGUCUUGUGAAUUUGUAUGGCACGUUUAGAAGUGCCAAGGACGCAAAGAAGGUUUUCGAGGAAAUGCGCGAGAAAGAUGUGGUGUCUUGGACGUUGAUGAUCUCAGCUUUUGCACACUGUGGUCUGUGGGAUGACGCCUUCAGGUUUCUAUCUGAUAUGCAAGCAGAAGGGAUUCCUCCUAACAAAGUCACGAUAAUAAGUUUGCUUUCUGCUUGUGGGCAAGGGCGGGCUGUUGACGAAGGCCGGUGGGUGUAUGGUCAGCUUGGCAAAUUUGGCAUUGAGGCUGAUGUGGAUAUAAUAAAUGCACUCAUAAGCAUGUAUGCAAAAUGUGGAUGCAUUUCUGAUGCUUUGGAAGCAUUUCGGGUCAUGCCUGAAAGAAAUACUAAAUCAUGGAACACUUUGAUUGAUGGGUAUGUGCAAAAUCAGAAGCAAAAAGAAGCACUAGGAAUGUUUGAACAGAUGAUAUCAAAUGGCGUAACUCCAGAUGCAGUAACACUUGUAAGUGUCUUAUCAGCAUGCGCUCAGCUUGGUGAUCUUCAGCAAGGGAGGGACAUCCAUAAUUACAUAAAAAAUCAUGGGAUCCAUUGUGAUACCAUCCUUACAAAUUCUUUGAUUAACAUGUAUUCCAAAUGUGGAAAUAUGGCAGCAGCUGAAGUGGUUUUCCAGACUAUGAAACAAAGGGAUGUUGUUUCAUGGACAACUAUGGUUUGCAGUUAUGUCCAGGGACGUCAAUUUACAGCAGCCUUUGACUUUUUUGAAGAGAUGAAGGCUGGACAAGUUGUCGCAAAUGAAAUGGCACUGGUUAGUCUACUUUCUGCUUGUUCACAGCUUGGAGCACUUGAUAAAGGGAGGGAGAUACAUUCUUAUAUAGAAGAGAAUAAUGUAAGAAGAGAUGUAUGCCUAGAAAGUGCCCUGUUGGAUAUGUAUGCAAAAUGUGGCUGCGUUGACAUGGCUGUUGAAAUAUUUAGUAAAAUUCAGCAUAAGCAAACCCUCGCAUGGAAUUCUAUGGUUGGAGGUUUUUCAAGCAAUGGACAUGGAAAAGAAGCAGUCCACCUCUUCGACCAAAUGCUGAAGUUAGGAGAGCCCAAACCUGAUGGUAUUACCUUUAAGGCAGUCCUUGCUGCCUGUGCUCAUGUAGGAAUGGUUAAUGAGGGGCUAAAGUACUUUCAUUCCAUGUCUAGCUUUGCUAUUGCCCCUGAUAUUGAGCACUAUGGUUGUAUAGUAGACCUCCUAAGUAGAGCUGGGCUGCUAGAAGAAGCAUUUGAGUUCAUCAAGAAGAUGCCAAUAGAGUCUAAUCCUGUAAUUUGGGGAUCACUUCUUUCAGCAUGUAGAUUCCAUCACAAAACGGAUUUAGGGAAGAGAAUCGGACAGCACAUAAUUAAAUUAGCUCCUAAUGAUGUGGGAGCACAUGUGCUAAUUUCGAACUUACAUGCUGAAGAAGGUCAGUGGGAUGAUGUACAGCAAAUAAGAGGGCUGAUGGAAAGCAAGUGUAUAGAGAAGUCACCUGGUCACAGCUCCAUCCAAGUCUAAAUCUAAACCUUCAUUAUGUAGUUUAGCGUGAAUAUGCGAUCUGUUCUGACAGGAGGAAUGCCAAGCAGUGCAUUUUCUGUUUUAUAAGACAUCAGGCAUGACAGGUCAAUCUCCGUUGCCUUGUGGACAUGUGUUUUGGGGUUAACACUGCCUAAAGCUUUGUAUACAGCACUUCUUUCAAUAGAUCCAUACUCACACUCAGUGAUUGCUCAAGCUCAGCUAAACUUGUCCAUGGUAGCAUGCCUUGGAUAAUGUUCAUGUGUGUAUUUGAAGUUGUGACAAGAACCGAAGGCGUGUAAAAUAUGCCCAUUUACUAUUUUCGUAUGCGACAUAGAACUUACCCGUUGUUCAGUUCCUAGAUAAGCAACCAUCUGGGUUCUGGAUUUUUUUUUAUGUACCUAUUAUUGUGCUCCCUAAGCUCUGAUCUUCUGUGUGUUCUAGUCAUGCCUAUACUAUUGAAGAAUCAUGUUUUAUUCCUGAAUUUUUGUACCUUUAAUUUGUUAAAACUAUUCAUUUCUCCUGUUCUAAAUAAAUAACAAUUUACAUUUUUAACUAUUGCACUGUUCAUGCAGUUGGCAUUCUUCCAGCUAACAAGUCCAAAUAAAUAAUGAUGCUGAAAUUAGAGGCACAAGCCCUUGUCUGUACUUCAUAAUUUCAGCAUUGGCAUUCUUCCAUUCUCAAAGCUGCACAUAUGGUGAACCAGCGCCAGAAGAGAAUCCCAAGUAAGCAGCUGGAGUUACUGAAUUGUGCAUGCUGGCAACUAAACAAUAAUUUCGAAUGCACGAGGAACACAGCCUUAAUUGUCUUAAUCGGCUCAAUCAGCAGAUGUCUGUAUCCCUUGUACAGAAUGCAAAUUGUUGCAUUCUGCAUUCGUGUCCCUAGUGUCUGUGGCUGUAAGUUAUGUCUGUAUCUGUGCAGUGAAAAGGUUGCUGAAGGAAGAACCAAAAACAGGGGUUAGGGGUAAGGAAGGUAUGAGCGCUAGCAAAUGGAGUUCAUGGCUUCUACGUGACUACGCUAUUAGUAGAAUCACUCCUAAUCUGUGGUCUGAUGCAGCACUGUUCAUAUAGUCAAAUGCUCAUGUCAUAGGUCCA